AUGAUGGCGCGUGCGUGGAACAGAGUGCGCGGCUGCCGCUCGCACGAGUACACGCCGCUGCCGCUGAGCGAGAAGGCGUCGCAUCCAGAGGUCAAGCAGCGCUGUCAGGCGCGCUCGCGCUCGCGCUCGCGCUUCACGGUGCUGUGCAUCGCCGGCUGCCUGUUCGCCCUGUAUGGGCUCGUCCGCUCCCUCGCCGCGCCUACAAACGCGGCCUGCGACACGGUCAAUGACGGCUACCGCUGCAGCCCCAGUACGAGCCACUUCUGGGGCCAGUAUGCGCCGUGGUUCGCGGUGCCGUCGGACAUGCACGUCGAGCCACCCAGCGGCUGCGACGUCACUUUCGCAAACGUCCUCUCUCGCCACGGCGGCCGCGACCCGACCGCCGGCAAGUCGCUGGCCUACGCGCUCCUGGUCGCCGACAUCCGGAACACGAGCACCGCGUUCCCCGGCGAGUUCGCCUUCCUAAAGCACUAUGAAUACUCCCUCGGCGCCGACGAGCUGACCCCGGCUGGGAGGCAGGAGAUGGUCAACUCGGGCGCCCACUUCUCCCGCCGCUACCACCAACUCGUCAGGAAGCACGCCCCCUUUGUGCGUGCAGGAGGCCAGCACCGUGUCGUUGAGUCGGCUGAGCAGUGGCUGUUGGGCGUUGCACAGUCACUCGACGAGAAGGCCAAGAAGGUCGACGUCAUCAUCCCCGAGGGCACCGAGUGGAACAACACGCUGUCCCACGAUGUCUGUCCAGCAUUCACGGGAAGACGUGGCUACGAAGCGCAGCGGACGUUUGCAUCAAACUUCGUCCCGCCCAUCCAGGAGCGCGUCAAUGCAAAGCUUGGCACCAACCUGAGCGCCACUUACGUGGUCUACCUCAUGGACAUGUGUCCCUUUGACACCCUGGCGCAUCCGACUGCCAAGGUCUCCCCCUUCUGUCACCUGUUCACUGAGAAGGAAUGGCGCCAGUACGACUACUUCCAGAGUCUCGGCAAGUACUACGGCUAUGGCGUUGGCAACCCGCUCGGUGCCACGCAGGGCGUGGGCUAUGUGAACGAGCUCCUGGCCAGGCUCCAGGACAAGCCCGUUGAGGACAACACGAGCACGAACCGCACGCUCGACUCUGACCCUGCAACCUUCCCACUCCAUCGCAGAGUCUACGCCGACUUCAGCCACGACAACGACAUCAGCGGUGUCCUUGCUGCUUUGGGACUCUACAACCAGACGAAGCCGCUUUCGAAUACAACGGUAGAAAGCACCAAAGACACGCAUGGCUACUCUGCCGCCUGGACAGUUCCGUUCGCAUCGCGCUUGUACAUCGAGAAGCUGCAGUGCAGCGGCGCGGCAGAAGAGUUUGUGCGCAUCAUCGUCAACGACCGCGUCCAGCCACUCGACUUCUGCGGCGCCGACAAGCACGGCAGGUGCACGUUGACUAAGUUUGUAGAGAGCCAAAGCUUCUCCAGGACUGGCGGCUUGUGGAGCCAGUGCUACGAGUAG